AUGAUGAUGGACAACGGGACGUUUGAUGUAGAGGCCUGGAAUGAAGAUUAUGCUAGAAGGUACACCGUGAGUACUAUUGUCAUGGUACUGUAUCUAAUCCUUGGAAUCAUCGGGAACCUGUUAGUUCUAAUAGUUUAUUCUACCAAAAUGCACUCGAAACAUGAUGACAGAUACUUUAUACCUUUUCUUGCGAGCGUGGAUCUUUCGGGAUGUAUAAUUUCAACCUCUCUUAUCUUAAUCGAAAACAACCUGCCCUAUAAGUAUCCAGAUUCUGCCACUUGUAAAUUUUUAAAUGUGUCAGCCUGUGGAUUAAUUAUCUCGUCCAUGUUUCUGCUUCUGGUGAUAUCGAUACAGAGGUACCAAAAGAUAUGUCGCCCAUUUGGAUUUCAGAUGAAUUUGUCAUGUAAAAGAAUUGUUGCUUUUGGAGCCCUUCUUCUUGCCUCCGCUUUUGCAUUUCCAACCAUAUUCCUUUAUCAAACUGUUGAAGUUGAUCAUCCGACAAAAAAUAUCACCGGCAUUCGAUGUGGCCCAGUACCUAACACAGAGACAUUUGGAGAAGUUUAUAGAGGAAUUGUCAUCACAGCAGAAGUUAUCUCCGUGAUUUGUAUGUCUGUUCUCUAUGCAUUGGUUGGUUAUACUUUGGUGAAAAAAAUGAAACCUAAACCGAAGAGCAACCAUCCAAUAGUACCAACAUCUACGCAGUUAUCAAAAGCUGAAAAAAGCAAAGAAGAAUCCGAAACGUACGACAGCUUCACCGAAUCACAAACUAUCGAAAAGAUAGGAGUAAAGCCAUCACGCCGUUCGGUGAAAAACAAGAAGACAAAAGGUCUAAGUGGUAAGCAGUACUCACUAAUGUUCAUGAUGAUUUCUCUUGUCAGUUGUCUGUGCUUUUUCCCACCUUGGAUACUUGUUCUGCUGGAAACAAAAGACAAAACAUUUUGGAAUCAUUUGUCGUAUAAGGAGGCCCAAGUUCUGAUCAUUGUAAGAGGAUUAUUCGUUGUCAACUUUGUAGUUAAUCCAUUUAUCUAUGGAUUUUUUGAUUCAAAGUUUCGACACAAAGUAUGGAAAUGUCUUUCGUUCUGCAGAAUAGAGGGAAAUGUCAAUUGUGUAAGGCCAAAAGUUAAAUAA